AUGGACGGAGCCUUGGCACUCUGUCGACGACAUGUCGAUGAGAAUUUCCCCACGAGCUUGCAUUGCCAGCCCAUCGCGACCGCCAUGCGCCGAAUACCGCGCCCCUUGCGGGCAAUCGAGCCUCCAAAUUCACUCGUCCUGCCACGCCGGCCGCCAUUCUGGUCCAGUUGUCCCGCUUCCGCCGUGGGCUCUGCCGCCGCCUUCUCCACGAGCACGGCACGCGGCUUCCUCGUGCCCGCGGGCAAGCAAGAUAAGAAGAAGCACCAGCAGUUUGUACGGCGCUGGCAGAAGAGGCUGCUGGGUGACUCGGAACCCAUUGGCGCUCACGUCGACCCCUACGACCCAACGUCGCCUGUCCGCAUUGCUCCCGAAGACCAGGGCGAGUAUGAGGAGGUACUCGACGAUGUCUCUGUGCAGCCGAGAAAGAAGGCCGUCUACCAGCCAGUGACACGAGUGUACCGACCAGCCAGCUCGGCGCGUCGUUUACCGCGCGUGGGAGACGACGAGUGGCUGCGGCAGCGCCUCGAGGUCGACAUGGCACGAGAGUAUGAGAAGCUCACGCUGCGCACCUACACGCCGCUUUCGCUCGACAUGGCCACCGAUAUCGAAGGGCUGACGGGCACUCCCUACACGCUGCGUGACGAGAAUCUGCUGUUGGCUCAGCAAGUCCACAACGCCACCGGUCGGCCAUAUACACACUACAACUUUGGUCUGUACCGCAAAGCCGCCAACACCACCCGCGAACUGCGUCAUCGGUUUGAGCGUGCCGUGGCCGAAGUUUAUGCGUUGCGACAUGCGGGCUUGAGCAUGGAUCUUACCAGGCUCCCCCAUGGCGGUGUCUACGAGGCCCCGCCAUGGGUGCAGGACAUCAAGCUAUAUAAAACUGACGGUGGCAGGCUCGCCCUAGCAUAUCCCCAUUACAAGAGCGCAGAAGAGUUUCUGAACCUCUUGCAAACAGCACCGAGACUUGAAGAGAGCGUGCCUGAAACCGACGACCUCCUGUUCGAUGGCGCUGAAGUGGAAGCUGAAGCUGAAGCUGAAGCCGAGGCCAUAGAUGUGCUGGAGCCCGUUGUACCACACGAGGAGCCGCCUACUAUGGAUCCUGCAACCCCUGCUUUCAAGAGAGCAGCUGUGGUCAAGGUGGACGCUGAGAAAAAGUUUGAUUUCAUGUCAAACCGCCCAGUCCCGCGUGCAAAGCCAGUGCAACAACAGGAGCCAGUGCAACAACAGGAGCCAGUGCAACAACAGGAGCCCGUAGAAGAGGUCAAGACUCAGGAACCUGUCGUCGCCGACGUGAUUGUUGAAGAGGUCACUGCUGUGCCAACUUCUGAGCCAGUAUCGUCUGAAUCAAUAGCCGCUGAAACGACAGCACCUUCCACAACCCCCGCCACAGAAGAAGCCGCACUCCCCUCAACAGACGCCCCUGCCUCGACAACAGCCGCGGCCCAGGUUGAAGCCGGCCCUGAUGCGUCCACGGUAGAAGAGAUCCACUGGCGAGAUGUCCGCAUCAACAACGUAGCUAUCAAAUUCGCUCUCUUCAAACGCAUAUACCAACUCACCUCGCUCCGUAUCCCCGACGCUCACUUAGCCGCCACCCACACCCUCGGCGACCUAUACGGCCACCUCUGCACCGCCGCCAAGCCCAAGCCCACAACCCUUCAUUCCGCCAUCUUCAUCGAAGGCCAAAAAGCCCGCGAGCGCGCCAAACACCAACGCGCCAAUAGCACCACCCGCCAGAAAGCCAACCUCGGCGAUCUCAUCAGCCUCGGCAACGUCGAGAUUCGUCGCACGAAACCGACCAAGAUGGAGAAGCAGACAAAGUCGGGUCUGGACAAGGUGGUGCAGUAUGCGCUCUGGGAGCGUGGCCUGCGCACCUCGGGACGCAAGCGUGGUGUGCGAAGUCGGAGGGCUAGUGGCGGCAAGGCGCGCACGUCGAACAAGGUGGGUACGAGGGCCCCUGAUUUGGGUCGGUUGAUUAGUAGUGCGGGAGCGGAGUAUCUGGCGAAGAAGACUGAGGAGUUGAAGCAAUAG